GGAACGCUGCUUGGCGUCCGACAACCCUGUACAUCCAGUGGAUUCAUUUGGCAGGCAGCCAACAAUGGCCCAGCUUUGCGGUGCCAGACCGUCGCUCUGAGAAGUCGGCUCCCACCUUCUUCCCUCGAUCCAACGCACCCAUGUCGAGAUAAGCCGACAGCUGUUGCGGUCCUCUGAUCUUCCCGCCUUGCGUUGCGUUGCAUUGCAUUGCAGCGUAUACAGCUUCACCAAGAUUAGAGCAGCAUCGCAUCGCGUACCUCGCCUCCCUCAUCUCUCGCUACCUCUUGCGGCCCGGUCCUCAUGCAACCUCCACUCUCGCCAAUACAGACCAGCAAGAACCACGGUCGCGACGUGACAAACCCUGCUCCAUCUUCAGCUCCAGUCUUACCUACAUCGCCACCGGGAAAUGCCAACCUCGCUGUCUCGGCCGCCUUGCAGGGCGCAACCCUCGCGUUUAACAAGCAAAAGAAGGUGGUAGAGGGGAACAACGACGGAGGCAGCCCGUCUCCACCUAUAAUAUCGAAUCAAACGAUCAGUACCCAUGACAACAGCUCAAGCUCGGACUCGGGUUUAACGGUUGGGCCAGCAAGCCCGGUACCAAGGAACGGACUGCGGAGGGAUAACGGUGCGCUGCUGGCUGCCACACAGGCCGCGAGGGAGCAUGCUGUAUCAAGGCCAAGGGCCGCCGUGGAGCCGGCGAAUGCAAGCGUGAGUCGGCAGUCGACCGGUCCGAGCGGGGCUGGGAACGGGAGUCUACAUGGGCCAGGGACAUCGUCACGGCCAGCAUCUGGAGGCGGACAAUCGCACAACAAUCUCGUUGCGCACAGGCUUUCCGAGUUGCAUGCCAGCAGGAAUGGAAACACGCUGCUCUCCCGUCCAGUUGGGAGAUCAGCCGUGGACAGCACCAGGCAGGGGACGACCUCGCCGUCGCUUAUUGCUGCGACGCUGGCUGCCAGCAGGCCCAUCUCACCCGUCAGGGGACUGAGUCCAGAACCAAACCAGGGUGGUGGGAAGGUCACUCACAGGAAGGGGCCGAGCGUGGGCGCUGCCAAUAUCAUGCCAGGCUCGGCCGGACUCGGCACGAAUCGCGGGAAAAGGAUGGACGAAACGGAGGCCCCAGAUACCGCGUCCAUCCCACCCACCACCUCGCUUGUAUCGCUCUUCGAGAAGAAGCGAGAGAAGGACACUGUGGACCCUGUUAAGAGAAGGGUACAACCGCCCGAACUACGAGACCCGGGUGCGGAUAGACAGGCGGGGAUGGAUAAGGCACAGCAACCGCAGAUGGUCAAGCCGAAACCCAAGCCAACACCGAAGCCGAAGCCCAGAUCGACUACGGAGAUUGGAACGCUGGGACAAUCCGAAAAGCGAGAUGAGUUACCGCACAGCAUGAACCCGCUUGAGUAUGCGCGGGGCAAUGACAGCGGUGACGACCAAGACCAUCUGUUAAUAGCGGAUUCAUCUCCCCAAACCCACGGCGAGAGCCAGAGACCAGUUGAGCAACCGAAGCCUCAGGCGAACAAGCGUCCUCCAACACCUUUAUCGUCGGUUUUUGCCCGAGUUUCCUCAAACCACAUCUCCACACAACCAAAGAAGCUCACCCAGACACCGCCCCUAGAGCCUCCAAUUCCGCCAGUGAGGAGAUCAAGCACCAACAAGAUGGUGGAACCGACUGCCCAAGCCACGCAUGUCGAGUCAAAGUCGCCAGAAAUCGAUGCUUUUCACAUGCUUGAACAAGAGGCAGCACCGCCACGCAGAUCAUCGUACAGCUCGGCAUCAUCCAACGACACAUUUGUAUCGGCCUCGUCGAUGCAAUCGCGAUCUAUAUCGGUGGCCAAGGGACCAAACAGACCCCUAGGACGACCUACACCGCCGGCGCGAAGUUCCUCUCUCCGGUCAAUUUCCAUCCCUGACUUGCAGCGAACUCGAGCACCGCACGCACCGACUCCCAACCUCAACCUCAACUCACUCACCAACGCCAUCGUAGCAAGCAACCUAGCCUCAGCCCGCCUGACACCGUCACAACCUCCUCCAGUCCCCGCACCCCGCCGAACCGGCCGCAGCCCCGGCUCGCACAGCCCCAUCAAAUCCCAGCGCACCGCCGACAGCCUCCGCUCCCAGCUCACAGGCGGCGGCGGACGUCACACGCAGCAGCCCCUUCCCAAAAAGACAGGCAUGCUCCUGCCGACGCUGCGCGGCCCGCAGCAGUCGCUCUCCGACGACGAAGACACCCGCCGGCGGCGCGCGCAGCAGCGGCACCACCACCACCACCGGCGUGUCGUCGGCGGCCGCAAGCACGCGCACCACGAGGGCGCCCGCCGCCGCUGGCGCGACGAGAUCACGCCGCGCGAGCGGAGGCGGUACGAAGCGGUGUGGGCGAGCAAUAGGGGUCUGUUUCUGAGGAAGGGUUGGGCGGUGCCAUAUCAGCAUCUCCCUCCUCCUUCUUCUGAACGUCAUCAUAAUCAGGGCAUCGCCUCGAGUGGUGGUGGUGGUGCUGGUGGGGAAGGAAGAAGGGAAAGCGAGAGGAUGCAGAUGCAGAUGCAGAUGCAGAGGGUGGUUGAUGCCAGCCGCGCCGUAGACGGGACGCCUGAGGCGGAUCUCGUUGUGAAUGUUGUCGUGCGUGACAUUUGGAGCCGCAGUAGGCUGCCUGCCGAUGAGCUCGCUGAGAUGUGGGAGCUGGUGGAUCGCCAGCGGAGGGGUGCCCUAGGCAAAGAGGAGUUCGUCGUGGGCAUGUGGUUGAUCGAUCAGCGGCUGAGGGGCAGGAAGAUCCCGACCAGGGUCAGCCAGAGCGUGUGGGACAGUGCGGGCGGCGGGCAUGUCGCCAUGAUGCAGUUUCAUUUGAGCAAACUCGACAGCCUGAGCCUCUGGCAGGUUUUGCUCGUAUCGAGUUUGGGGGCGUUGUCCUUCGCGCUGAUCAUCUUGUAUUGGGCGCUAUUCCCACCACUCUACGACCGGCGGGAAGCGCGGGAACCGCCGGCGAUAUGGGUUUCUGGUUGGGAGUUCAAGUUCGCACGCAUGCCCAUCUGCACGCUCCCAAAAUUGGCCGGCAAGCGCUACGUGCUCAACUCGCCCGCGCUGAUCUCGGCUGCGAUGCGUUGCCCGACCUUGUCGGCUGACGCGGGUGUCGCGCUUGUCUCCAAGAACGGCCUGGGAGCUAGUGACGCCGAGAUGGAGCGGCUCAGGGACCCAAAGUAUAUCGAGGCCCUAAGGAAAGUGGUGUGCACGGCCAUGUCCGGAGAGCCGUGGAGGCGUGUAGCCGGCGCCGCCUUACGGGAGAUCGCGGAGGACACAAAUCAACUCGGGCUUGGCGGCGGCAUCUGUGAGGUUCCUCAUGCAGGAGACUGGCUGCAGGAUGUCCUCUCUCGAGCGACCAUGACGGCGCUAUAUGGUAGGAGAAAUUUCACCAGGGCCGAGAGGAUACACGACGUGUGGCUGUUUCACAACCACAUCAGUGUCUUGGUAAUGAACCUUGCACCGCGACUGCUGGCGCCACAAUCGGUUGCUGCUCUGAGUCGUAUCCAGGCCGCUCUGAAGGAGUAUUAUGAGGCUCGCUAUGACGAGGGCCCUGAUGUGUCGGCGUUCGUCAAGAAUCGUGCGGCACUCAAACGCCAGAUAGGGGCGACGUCCAGCGACCUGGCAUGGGGCGAGGCCGAAAUACCGUGGGCACCCCUGGAAACGCGGUCCAUUCACUUAUGGUGGAUGUUUCUCCAUGUUUUCGCUCGCCUUGACUACACCGAGCGAGUUCGCCAGGAGGCGGUUGAGGCGGUAAGAAUCGACGGAGACAGCGCCAUCGUCGACGUGGUGAAGCUCAGCAAACAGCCCUUCAUUAACGCCUGCGUCCAUGUGGUUCAACAUCUGUACAACAACACAUAUCUGCUAAAGAAGGGAGCAGACGUCCAAUGGCUCAAUGGAGUGCGCCACUUGGACGAAGACGUUUGGGGCCCCGACCCGGAUGCCUUUGACCCGGAGAAAUUCAUGGACCUAGGCCCGAACGAUGAGAAGAAGCAGCGCGGGUCCAUCAUGCGGAGGCAGGCAUAUCUGCCCUGGCCGAAAGUUCGCCGGGACCAACAUCAAAUGUAUAGUCAGCAGCAUGGCUCUAAAGUUCGACGUUGAGGGAGUCAAAGUGCCGCCGUCGUGGUCGGGCUACAACCUCUGCACCAUAUCGCUUUCCGCGUGGGAUUCGGGCAAGCAACCGACAGCGAGGUUCAGGCGGAGGGUUGGGAGAAGAUGCGAUUGAGUUACACGGUCUGACGCCGUC